CCCUCCAAUCCGAUUGUCCAGGGUAUUGGUGAAUGACCUGGUGCCAAGCGCAUCAGCGUCUGUUUCCCCCGCCUCGGCUAGUCACAACAUCAAGAUCCAUACUAUGGGGUCGACAGAUGUGUAUCGCCGACCAUAGACAUUGAUUGGUGCCGUCUCUGAACUCCCUUCGCCUGACGCGGAACAGCUGUGCUUCCAUAGAUAAGAUGGCUAUAUUACAUUACAAUGCAUCCUCAGCGAGAUGUGCUGGCCCCAGCCCGCUCGCCUUUGCUCGAAAAAGAGCGUCUCACAGGACUCACCUGUUGUGUGACCUGGCUGUCCCGCACGGAUUGUUCUUUGUCUCAAACUGGUUCUGCAAAUGCUCUCCAUCGAAAGCUUGGUUAUUAGUGACCCUCUUCAUCUUGCUGGCGUUUCGGGUCAGGACGCUUAACGGAGCAUUUCUCAAAUCAUCAUCAUGUCUGUCUCCGAACAUAAUAGCAAGACUGCCCUACAAGCACCUGUCUAUGCGGACAUCAACCAUGCGCCCGUCACGAGUAUCUUGCCAGAGGGUGACAUCCCUUAUACCGAUCAUGCAAUGGACGCGGACGAGAGGGUGAUCGUGGCUCUCGGAUACAAACAAGAAUUCAAGCGCGAGUUCUCGCUUUGGACCACAUUCUGUGUUAGCUUUUCGGUGCUCGGCUUACUCCCGUCAUUUGCGAGUACAAUCUAUUAUGAAGGUAUGGGCUAUGCAGGAACAGCGGGUAUGGUCUGGGGGUGGAUAAUCGCUAUGCUCUUCAUUCAGUGUGUUGCGAUGUCUAUGGCUGAGCUAUGCUCCGCAAUGCCUACCAGUGGUGGUCUGUACUAUGCCGCCGCCGUUCUUGCUCCCCCAGGCUAUGGACCCUUUGCUGCGUGGAUCACAGGAUGGUCCAACUGGAUCGGACAGAUCACUGCAGCACCAUCUGUCGACUAUGCUCUGGCGGCCAUGAUUCUGGCAGCCGCCUCGAUUGAGAACCCCGAUUACGUGCCCACAAAUUGGCAAACCUACCUGUUAACCACGUUCAUCAUGAUCAUUCAUACGGGGAUCAGCAGUAUGCCCACCAGAUGGGUCGCCCGGGUUAAUUCGUGGGGCUCAACGUUCAACAUCCUUGCUCUUAUCGUGACAAUCAUCGCUAUCCCCGCUGGGACGAAGAACGAGCCUAAAUUCACUCCCUCCAAAGAGGUUUGGGGCACCAUCACCAAUCUGACUGACUUUCCCGAUGGAGUGGCUGUCCUUAUGACUUUUGUCGGUGUCAUUUGGACAAUGUCCGGCUACGACUCGCCUUUCCAUCUUAGUGAAGAAUGUUCCAAUGCCAACAUUGCCUCGCCACGAGCGAUUGUCAUGACCUCGGGGGUGGGAGGAGUAUUCGGCUGGUUCCUGCAGCUUGUUGUUGCCUACACAGUAACCGACAUCAAUGCGGUCCUUGACUCUGACUUGGGACAGCCAUGGGCAUCAUAUCUGCUGCAGGUCAUGCCGAAAAAGAUCGCGCUGGCUAUUCUAGCUCUGACCAUCAUCAGCGGUUUCUCCAUGGGUCAGGGCUGCAUGGUGGCUGCAUCACGAGUCACCUACGCUUACGCUCGAGACGACUGCUUUCCUCUUUCGAGCAUCUGGAAGAAGGUCAACCACCACACUCAAACACCCGUCAACGCGGUCAUUCUCAACGGGGUCCUCGGGAUUUUGAUGUGUCUCCUUAUGCUAGGCGGUACGACCGCCAUCGGCGCCUUGUUCUCCAUUGGCGCCAUCGCGCAGUUCUUCGCCUUUGCCGUCCCUAUCGCCAUUCGGGUGUUCUUCGUCGGGAAUCGGUUUCGCAAAGGGCCCUGGCAUCUGGGUCCACUGGGACCCUGGAUCGGCGGAGCAGGCGUGGCUUUUGUCCUUUUGAUGAUCCCGAUUCUCUGUUUACCCAGUUCCACCGGCAGCGAUCUGACGCCCGAAUUGAUGAACUGGACGUGUCUUGUCUGGGGUGCCCCUAUGCUGGCCGUGAUCAUAUGGUGGUUUAUUGAUGCGCAUAAAUGGUUCAAGGGCCCCGUCGUCAACGUGGAGCAUGCAAUUCAUGCCGUCCCGGCCGAAUUGAUCAUCGACGGACUCGGGGAGGAUGAAGUCAUUACUCAAGAGGGAGCACCGGCGGAUCCGUCGAGUAAGUCUUCUGCAAAGUAG